AUGUUAUAUCUUCUACGCGUAGAUCGCCUUUCCUUUGUAACAUGUUCGCAGUGUUCGACAUUUCAACUAUUUUUUAAUGAACUGUUUUUAUUCUUAAAAAAAAUCGUUGUAGGUAAUUGUUUUGGUCGCCUGGUUGACCUUGAAUAUUUUUUUAAAUAACAGUAUUUACACAGCGUUUAGUUUCGUACUGCUACGGCUUAUGUGCUCAUAUAAAUAUGCGGGAAUAUGGACCCAAUUUCCUUAUUCAUUUGCCUGUGUAAGUAACAGGGCUUUUAUAUUGCCUUUAUAUACAUAUACAAUAGGACUUUUACAUAUGUAUAUUGCCUGUAUUUUACUCAUACAGGUCUUACAAUUUUGUCUCAAGCUACUUAUCCGGCUCCAAGGGCCAACUAUUUGAAACUCAACAAAGAUUUAGUAUUCCUUACCACUGGUGAGAAAUCUUUCAUUAUAAUUUUUAUUUUUAAAUUUGUAAACUAUAUACAAUUUUUGUCUUCUUAGUUAUCUAAUUAAAUAUAUAUGUAUGUACAGCACACCACAUGGGGUUGUUUUCAGCUUUACAAUGCCAUACAUGUGUGUGUGUGUGUUGUCAUAUAUAUUUAUGUUGCAUGGUUUGGGUUGUUUUCAAGUGCACAUGUGCAUUUGUAAUCAAUUGCCUAAACCUAAGUAAAUAUGUUUAUUAUAUUUCUUGAGUGCAUGCGUAUUACAUAUACAUAUGUAUGUAUGUUGCAUAUAAAUGCAUAUAUUUUUAUAUGUUUAUUAAUGUAUGUUUUGUAUUGCCUCUGCCUUAUCUAAUAUAUGUACUUAUGUAGACUGUAUUAUUGUUAUUAAAAUAGUAAGAUUUUUCUUAUCGCAUUUAGUAUUUGUGAAAUAUAUAAAAGGUUUAAAUAUAAUGUUGUUGUCCGUCCUUUGGUAGCAACGAACAUGUUCAAUUUUGGAGACUUGUUCUAAUUUCUUCUAAUAUAGUUGUGUCGAUUGUCCCACUGUCGGAGACUGGUCCGAAAAGCUCCGCAUAUUUAUUUAUCAUUUUCUUAACAUUAUGUUCAUAGGGGGUUUCUUGAAUACUAUUUACUUGUUUAGAGAUGUUUUGUUUUUGUGUAAUUUUUCCUAUUUAUGACUGCUCCCAGUUCUUUGAGGGUAUCAUAACAUAAACAAAUCAAAAUUAUUUGUAAUACCUAUACUUCCCAAGAAUGGUCCACAUAGUUUAUGGGUUAUAUUUACUUCACCUGCGGCUGAGUAAACCUUAAAAGGACAUUCAAGUUUCUUUGAAUUUUUUGUAAGUUUUUCGGAAACACAUUUUUUUAUUAUUUCUCGUAUCUGUAAGGAUUUGCUGAUCAGUGCUCCGGUGUAUUUAAGAUAAUAGCUCCGUGGAGGCUUUGAUUUAAAAGAGUGACACACGAAGUACAAAAAAUUUAAUUCAAAUAUUAAUUUUUUAUUGGAUCUUGAUCUAACUUUUUUAUACAGACCUUAAUCUAAACCUCAUAUUUCUAAUAUAAUUCUUCCGUUGACGUUUACAUCAAGUAAAUAUAAUACAAAUCUUUCGUUUUGUUUAUCUCACAUAUAAAUAGAAAUUUAUAUCAUUUGAGGAUGACUUCAAUGUAAUUUUCGCUAACGCGAAGCAAUAUCUGGUAAUAAAUCCAAGCGAGUCUAUUACUUGUAGUGUAAGUUAAUUUAAUACCAAAUUUAAUCGUAAUCCAGUCACGACGUCGUCAAAUAAUGAAUGUUAAAUUCUUUCGGAACAUUUUCAAUAUAAAGUUUUGUCAAUAACUGAAUGUAUUUUCCCGGCCUUGAUCAUUGCAAUUUGAAAGAGUAUAAAAUGUUCAUUUAUUAUCUGCGCAGAAUUUUUAAGAAAUUUAAAAUAAAACAGAGCUGUGAAACUACCAAAAGGAGAGUUUGCUGUCAGGCGUCACAUAAAUCAGCACCCUGCCUUACCAAUAACUUAUCGACUGUACAUACAUAGUAGUUAUACUGUAUGAUGAUGCAAGAGUAGAGCAGAAGAUGGUGCGUCGCAUGCCCUUUAUAUUAUAUAAUCAUAUAUUUCAUAAUGUUUUGUUCAACAUUCAUCAAAUGUUAUUGCAAAAUCGACAGCUAAAACCCAGGCACACACGUCAGAAAACACAAACUUGAUAGUUGCCGUUUAAAUAUUUCAUUGCUCUGUGCAAUGCUUCAGAAAAGCUAAUGGGCUUGGAUGCACCAUCGCCCACAUCGCCUGAUGCAGUUGUAAGUUCUGAAAAAUUUAGAACUGCAGAACACAAGCAUCACAGUAAUAAUACCACACCAAAAGCGGGUCUUAGCGAACACCUGUACAUUGCAAUCAAAGCCGUUGCUAAAUGUAGAAAAAAUAAGACUUGCUGAUGGCGUAGCAAGCCAGCUCCUGGCGACAUCUUCGAAGCAUAUGAUUCCGAACGAUAAUGUAUCUGAUAUAACUAAUAUAAGCGUUAUAAAGAAAGCUGGGUGGAGUCCUUUAACAGUGCAGGCUAUCGCUACGAAGUUGCUUAAUAAAGCAAAAAAGAAAAGUCCACUUGAUCUGCAAAGUGCAUUGAUAGCAAAAACUUACCUACCAAAUGCCGAAAAUUCUAACACUUCCUUGAUAUCACCUCGAGUGGAAAAUUCGGAAGGACUUAAUGAAAAGACCAAAAAAAUGUUGCAAAAUUUGUUAAAGCCAGGACUCGAAUAUUCCUCAAUUUCAUCAGAUUAUAGUAAUUCUGUUCUUCAGCGUCAUAAAAUGGAAAAGUAUCUAAAAAAACAGCCAAAACAUAAAAAAAGAAUACUGCAUAAGCAAAAACAGGGCGAUGUUUUUUGAAAAAUUUGGAGAUAACAAAGGUUCUUGGAGAUGAACUACCGGUACCACAACCAUCGAGUACUAAAACCUUGAGCGAUAUCUCAUUUAUUAAGGAAAGCUUUCUUCCUGAAGCUUCAAAAGAAAAAACAUGUGUUCCGAAAGCCAGCUUAUCGGAUAUUUCUCCUCUGUUCUCUCAAUGUAGCACUACUGAUAAUAGUUGUAGUGUUAAAAACACCGAAAAUGAUGCUGUCGAUAAUGUGAAGCUGUCUCUAUAUGCUACUUCUCUUGAAAAAAAAAUCUUGUCGGGUGUUAAAUUAUCGACAGAGCUUGAUAAAAAUAAAUUAAAUAUUUUUAAAAAAAUUUCGAAACAAAAGUCACAAAAACCAGCAUCACCGAAUAGUCGCGUGCCUUCGACACAAUUAUCUGGAGGAAAUGAUGUUCAAUUUAUCAACCUUCCUUGCGGUACCACAAUUACACCCAUGCCUACUAAUCUAAAAUGUAUGAUAGCAAGCGUGCACAAUGUGCACAUUUCCGAUCAAUUAGAAAAAAAAUCUAAGGUGUCGGUUAAUUGCGAGCGAGGUGCUGCUGGCUUGGUCGAGAACAUAUCUGCUAAUAGCAUUACAGACAUUAUUAUUCCAAACCAUUACAAAUUGGCGAAGUUACUAAACCUUAAAAACGUGGUCCGAAGCCAGGAAGCAAAAACUUACCAAAACAAACAAUUGUAAGUCCUAUUGGCUCAACUGAUGUUUCACAUACGAAGAAAAUGAAAAAGUUAAAAGCUUCUAAAUACGAUCAACAGCAUCCUCCUCAUUUAGAAGCAAAAAUUUCAAUGGAACUAAUUAAUCCCGUCGAUAAUAUGACUCGAACUUUAUGUUGUGGCAGUGAUGCCAUUACCUCUAGUCUAUCAUUGAAUAUAAAGGGCAUUCGGAAAGGACGGAAGAAAAACAAAACUAAAAAUUUAAUUUUGAAUAUGUCCAUAACCGAGCCAAACGAAUAUAACGCUGAAACAGUCUUUCCAACUAAAGAAGAAGUCAAUACUAUUAACAAAAAACUUAUGCGCUUGGACACAAUUUUACAACCAUUACGAUCAUUUAAUGAUGCCAUGGUUGAUCCGAAUUCAAACUUCAUCUCACAAGCCAUUGCCUUAUAAGUCCCCUACAAACAGGAAGAGGCUUUCUCCAGAGAUUCCGCUCCAAUUACAUACAAUUCCAAGCUUAAUGCAUGGUGCCAAUCAGUCGAAUAUAUUAUUUCCGCGCCUACCACCAACAUUUCGUUUACCUGUUCCUAAUUUGCCACAGCAAAGCGCCGCGAAGCCAAUAAAUAUAGGUAAGUGCGAUUAGAGUCCAACAACGGAUACUUUAACAUGUACGUAGCUUACACAAAACUUUAAACAUUUUGCAGCCUCACAAUAUGAAACAGUACAGAUAUUGAUAACAAUUUGCUAUUUGAUAGUGCCAUGUUUACGCUUUCUAUUUUAUACUAAAUAUGAAUAUAUUGGUUUUCCCGAAAUUUUGAGUAAAUUUUAUUCCAAUCUUGAUAAGAACAACACUUAGUGGUACCACCAUAUUCUUAUCACCAAUUAAAGAAGGUUACGAGCCUUCUCAAAUUGAUAGAGAACACGUUCUUUAAGAAUAACGCACACAGGCAUUUCGACGACAAUAUUCCACGCAGGGAAUUGAAUCGGUAGUUGCCAUUUCAUGUUCGUUAUGGAAUACUCAACAUUUGUUAUAAUAUUUAGCAGUUGCAUAUUCUAUUUAGCAAAUUUCGAAGUUUAAUGCAUUGAAUAUUUUCAAAGAAAAUAUGUAUUUUUUUACGAAGUUUUCAAAAUAAACUAUUUUACCAAAUUUGUUCUUGUUCCGUUAGCACGCUCAAAAAGGUAGUUUUGGUUUUUUUUAGCAAAACGAUUGCAUGAAAUGUCUAAGAAUUUUCAGGAUAUAUUAUUGUAUAUACAGAAAGAAUUUAAAAAAGUUUUAAUUUUUAUCUCUAUUACGCUUCUAUCUUUUUUUAUAUAUAAUUUUUAAUUCUAAAAUCGGGAUUUAAAAGUUAAAAUUUUAUUUUAAUUCAAAGUUAUUGAACUUAAAAAUCGCAAUCCUGUUCAGAACAGUGCUUUCCAGAUAAUUUUGACUUCUCUUAACGAACACUUACACAGCGAAGCCUGUACGCUUUCAAUGAAGGAACUCUACCAGCUUUUCUCAGAAAUUUCUUCAGUUUUCGUAAAAAACUAUUUUUGUAGGUGUAUAAGGAGCACAUUCCUUGAAUACGUCGUGGACUUCCCGUCACUUGAACUGCACCUUCUCCUAAGCUAUCACUUCAACGCUUACAUAAGAAGUGGUAGUGUUGCCACAUAGUCCAACCUAACCAUCGCGAUCUACCCUUCAGAAGACUGUGGUUUCCAAUUCGUUUAGCCUCGGCUAUAGCGUUUUGUCUUUAUUCAUAAAUAAAAAAAAAUAAUAUAACGGGGUACCUGUUGGUACACAUACAUAUAAUAUUAUAGUUUAUUACAACACAAAAUACGUAUGUUUCAGGAAAGCACGUCAAAGUUGUUAUAGUUUCGAACACGGUUUUACCACAUUUAUUGUUAAAUGAUAUAUGCCCAUUUGCUCCUUUCAUUACAAUUUUUAUUUUUAAAUUUGUAAACUAUAUACAAUUUUUGAGUUCUUAGUUAUCUAAUUAAAUAUAUAUGUAUGUACAGCACACCACAUGGGGUUGUUUUCAGCUUUACAAUGCCAUACAAGUUAUCACAGCUAGCAUAGCAGUUAUCACAGGUAGCAUAGCUAACGAAAUAUACAACAACAAAGUUGUCGUAGCUAGCAAAAUACGAGUAUACUGACGAGAAUGUUGCUCAAUAAAGUUAAAUUCCAAAAAUUACAACAACAGCACAUUUCGUCGGCACUAAACCAGAGCGGAAGUCGUGCCACCGCAAUGUAAGCCGUUUCUUGAACAAACUGAGGUUUACUGUUUCGCUAUAUUAUUGCUUACGUUAGCAUUAUAAAGUAUAUAGAAUUAAGUACUAGUAAGUAAGAAUUCGUACAUAUGUAAGUUUAUAGUAAUAAGCAAAAAUUUUGUAUAAAAAGAAAUGUAUUGAAUAAAAUAAUUUGGAGUUCAACUUGACAAUUCAAAUGAGCGUGUCUUUAUUAUUUGGUGGCAACUAUUAACUGGCGCCCGAGACUUCAAAUUUAAAUUGUCUAUAUCGGUUGAAAAAAGCAGCGUUAGAAAACUCUAAAUCGCGCAUUGAUAAAAUUGUUGUUGCCCGCGAGCAGAAAAAAAAAAAACAGCGUUAGUGCACAUGUGCAUUUGUAAUCAAUUGCCUAAACCUAAAAAAGCUAAUGGGCUUGGAUGCACCAUCGCCCACAUCGCCUGAUGCAGUUGUAAGUUCUGAAAAAUUUAGAACUGCAGAACACAAGCAUCACAGUAAUAAUACCACACCAAAAGCGGGUCUUAGCGAACACCUGUACAUUGCAAUCAAGCCGUAAAUGUAGAAAAAAUAAGACUUGCUGAUGGCGUAGCAAGCCAGCUCCUGGCGACAUCUUCGAAGCAUAUGAUUCCGAACGAUAAUGUAUCUGAUAUAACUAAUAUAAGCGUUACAAAGAAAGCUGGGUGGAGUCCUUUAACAGGCCAUGUGCAGGCUAUCGCUACGAAGUUGCUUAAUAAAGCAAAAAAGAAAAGUCCACUUGAUCUGCAAAGUGCAUUGAUAGCAAAAACUUACCUACCAAAUGCCGAAAAUUCUAACACUUCCUUGAUAUCACCUCGAGUGGAAAAUUCGGAAGGACUUAAUGAAAAGACCAAAAAAAUGUUGCAAAAUUUGUUAAAGCCAGGACUCGAAUAUUCCUCAAUUUCAUCAGAUUAUAGUAAUUCUGUUCUUCAGCGUCAUAAAAUGGAAAAGUAUCUAAAAAAACAGCCAAAACAUAAAAAAAGAAUACUGCAUAAGCAAAAACAGGGCGAUGUUUUUUGAAAAAUUUGGAGAUAACAAAGGUUCUUGGAGAUGAACUACCGGUACCACAACCAUCGAGUACUAAAACCUUGAGCGAUAUCUCAUUUAUUAAGGAAAGCUUUCUUCCUGAAGCUUCAAAAGAAAAAACAUGUGUUCCGAAAGCCAGCUUAUCGGAUAUUUCUCCUCUGUUCUCUCAAUGUAGCACUACUGAUAAUAGUUGUAGUGUUAAAAACACCGAAAAUGAUGCUGUCGAUAAUGUGAAGCUGUCUCUAUAUGCUACUUCUCUUGAAAAAAAAAUCUUGUCGGGUGUUAAAUUAUCGACAGAGCUUGAUAAAAAUAAAUUAAAUAUUUUUAAAAAAAUUUCGAAACAAAAGUCACAAAAACCAGCAUCACCGAAUAGUCGCGUGCCUUCGACACAAUUAUCUGGAGGAAAUGAUGUUCAAUUUAUCAACCUUCCUUGCGGUACCACAAUUACACCCAUGCCUACUAAUCUAAAAUGUAUGAUAGCAAGCGUGCACAAUGUGCACAUUUCCGAUCAAUUAGAAAAAAAAUCUAAGGUGUCGGUUAAUUGCGAGCGAGGUGCUGCUGGCUUGGUCGAGAACAUAUCUGCUAAUAGCAUUACAGACAUUAUUAUUCCAAACCAUUACAAAUUGGCGAAGUUACUAAACCUUAAAAACGUGGUCGUAAGCCAGGAAGCAAAAACUUACCAAAACAAACAAUUGUAAGUCCUAUUGGCUCAACUGAUGUUUCACAUACGAAGAAAAUGAAAAAGUUAAAAGCUUCUAAAUACGAUCAACAGCAUCCUCCUCAUUUAGAAGCAAAAAUUUCAAUGGAACUAAUUAAUCCCGUCGAUAAUAUGACUCGAACUUUAUGUUGUGGCAGUGAUGCCAUUACCUCUAGUCUAUCAUUGAAUAUAAAGGGCAUUCGGAAAGGACGGAAGAAAAACAAAACUAAAAAUUUAAUUUUGAAUAUGUCCAUAACCGAGCCAAACGAAUAUAACGCUGAAACAGUCUUUCCAACUAAAGAAGAAGUCAAUACUAUUAACAAAAAACUUAUGCGCUUGGACACAAUUUUACAACCAUUACGAUCAUUUAAUGAUGCCAUGGUUGAUCCGAAUUCAAACUUCAUCUCACAAGCCAUUGCCUUAUAAGUCCCCUACAAACAGGAAGAGGCUUUCUCCACAGAUUCCGCUCCAAUUACAUACAAUUCCAAGCUUAAUGCAUGGUGCCAAUCAGUCGAAUAUAUUAUUUCCGCGCCUACCACCAACAUUUCGUUUACCUGUUCCUAAUUUGCCACAGCAAAGCGCCGCGAAGCCAAUAAAUAUAGGUAAGUGCGAUUAGAGUCCAACAACGGAUACUUUAACAUGUACGUAGCUUACACAAAACUUUAAACAUUUUGCAGCCUCACAAUAUGAAACAGUACAGAUAUUGAUAACAAUUUGCUAUUUGAUAGUGCCAUGUUUACGCUUUCUAUUUUAUACUAAAUAUGAAUAUAUUGGUUUUCCCGAAAUUUUGAGUAAAUUUUAUUCCAAUCUUGAUAAGAACAACACUUAGUGGUACCACCAUAUUCUUAUCACCAAUUAAAGAAGGUUACGAGCCUUCUCAAAUUGAUAGAGAACACGUUCUUUAAGAAUAACGCACACAGGCAUUUCGACGACAAUAUUCCACGCAGGGAAUUGAAUCGGUAGUUGCCAUUUCAUGUUCGUUAUGGAAUACUCAACAUUUGUUAUAAUAUUUAGCAGUUGCAUAUUCUAUUUAGCAAAUUUCGAAGUUUAAUGCAUUGAAUAUUUUCAAAGAAAAUAUGUAUUUUUUUACGAAGUUUUCAAAAUAAACUAUUUUACCAAAUUUGUUCUUGUUCCGUUAGCACGCCCAAAAAGGUAGUUUUGGUUUUUUUUAGCAAAACGAUUGCAUGAAAUGUCUAAGAAUUUUCAGGAUAUAUUAUUGUAUAUACAGAAAGAAUUUAAAAAAGUUUUAAUUUUUAUCUCUAUUACGCUUCUAUCUUUUUUUAUAUAUAAUUUUUAAUUCUAAAAUCGGGAUUUAAAAGUUAAAAUUUUAUUUUAAUUCAAAGUUAUUGAACUUAAAAAUCGCAAUCCUGUUCGGAACAGUGCUUUCCAGAUAAUCUUGACUUCUCUUAACGAACACUUACACAGCGAAGCCUGUACGCUUUCAAUGAAGGAACUCUACCAGCUUUUCUCAGAAAUUUCUUCAGUUUUCGUAAAAAAAUAUUUUUGUAGGUGUAUAAGGAGCACAUUCCUUGAAUACGUCGUGGACUUCCCGUCACUUGAACUGCACCUUCUCCUAAGCUAUCACUUCAACGCUUACAUAAGAAGUGGUAGUGUUGCCACAUAGUCCAACCUAACCAUCGCGAUCUACCCUUCAGAAGACUGUGGUUUCCAAUUCGUUUAGCCUCGGCUAUAGCGUUUUGUCUUUAUUCAUAAAUAAAAAAAAAUAAUAUAACGGGGUACCUGUUGGUACACAUACAUAUAAUAUUAUAGUUUAUUACAACACAAAAUACGUAUGUUUCAGGAAAGCACGUCAAAGUUGUUAUAGUUUCGAACACGGUUUUACCACAUUUAUUGUUAAAUGAUAUAUGCCCAUUUGCUCCUUUCAUUACAAUUUUUAUUUUUAAAUUUGUAAACUAUAUACAAUUUUUGAGUUCUUAGUUAUCUAAUUAAAUAUAUAUGUAUGUACAGCACACCACAUGGGGUUGUUUUCAGCUUUACAAUGCCAUACAAGUUAUCACAGCUAGCAUAGCAGUUAUCACAGGUAGCAUAGCUAACGAAAUAUACAACAACAAAGUUGUCGUAGCUAGCAAAAUACGAGUAUACUGACAAGAAUGUUGCUCAAUAAAGUUAAAUUCCAAAAAUUACAACAACAGCACAUUUCGUCGGCACUAAACCAGAGCGGAAGUCGUGCCACCGCAAUGUAAGCCGUUUCUUGAACAAACUGAGGUUUACUGUUUCGCUAUAUUAUUGCUUACGUUAGCAUUAUAAAGUAUAUAGAAUUAAGUACUAGUAAGUAAGAAUUCGUACAUAUGUAAGUUUAUAGUAAUAAGCAAAAAUUUUGUAUAAAAAGAAAUGUAUUGAAUAAAAUAAUUUGGAGUUCAACUUGACAAUUCAAAUGAGCGUGUCUUUAUUAUUUGGUGGCAACUAUUAACUGGCGCCCGAGACUUCAAAUUUAAAUUGUCUAUAUCGGUUGAAAAAAGCAGCGUUAGAAAACUCUAAAUCGCGCAUUGAUAAAAUUGUUGUUGCCCGCGAGCAGAAAAAAAAAAAACAGCGUUAGGAAACUACUGUUAUCUAAACAAAGUGUUUAAAGUAACUCUAAUCGCACAUUAAUAAAACUUCUGUUAUCCGCGUGUAAAUAACUAAGCAGCUUAACAAAACUGCUGUUAUCUAAAAACGUGCUCAAAGAGACUCAAAACUGUGCAUUAAUAAAAACUAUUGUUGCCCCUAAACAAGAAGGAAUCAACGUAGAAAAGCUGCCAUAACACCAAGUGCUCAAAGUGACUCUAAUACGACAAUAAUAACUGUGCAACUGAGAAAAUUAUUCUCGCAGCAUAUUCAACUGUGCAGACAAAAGUGCAAAACCACCAAGACAACAAUCAAAGCCUGAACUGUGACGUCAUCCACUCCCAAGUAGCGGAGUAAAACACCUCAAAAAGGAACAAGUGGACCGCCCGAAAUCAGGAUGCAGAAGCUGAUACUCCCGAUACUGUUGUAAGAAUUAAAAUUAAGUUAUUCACCUUUUUGUAAUCAAAUUUAUGUAUUGAGCAAUUUAAAAUAAAUUGUAUUAAGAGCAAGAUUAUAACAAUUAGCAAUAGAAAAAAUUGUAAAAACUAGUGAGCCUCAGUAUGGAGCAAGUACAAGAAGCCAUCACACACUUGACAGGCGCUAUAAACGCGCAAAUCGAGCAAGCUAAGGUAUUAAGCAAUAGAAUAAAUCAAUUAGAAGCUAGAAUCAACCCACACAGCGAAAGCGCUAACCCGAAUAACCUUAUUCACUUAACAGAGGCAGACCUAGCCGAAAUUAGCAGAUUGCCUGAUAGUGUAAAGAACCUACCGACAUUCGAAGGAGACCCGAUCCAAUUUAUCUCCUGGAUCCACUAUGUAGAAUCUAUUUUACAGGACUACGAAGUAGUCAGAACAAAGCCACUAUAUAGAGCCAUCCUACGACAUAUUAGGCAGAAAAUUAAAGGCCCUGCAGAUACGGCCUUAAUCUCUUACAACAUAUUCAACGAUGAUUGGGGAACAAUCAAAAAUUGUUUGUCACUACACUAUGCAGACAAACGCGACCUUAGGACUCUAGAACACGAACUAGGAACCUUAUCCCAAAAACACUUCAGCGUGGAGCAAUUCUACGCAAGAGUCAAUCACCAACUAUCCCUGAUAAUAAACAAAAUAAAGAGUCAUGAUUAUUCAAGAGAAACAAAUAAUGUUCUACUGGAAACCUAUAGGAAUCGAGCCCUUGAUAUAUUUAUCAGAGGCCUAAACGGCGAAUUGUCUAGAAUGCUAGUCAUUCAACGCCCCAGCAACCUACCUGAAGCAUACGCUUCCUGCCUUGAAAUUCAAAACGUUAACUUAAGAAACUAUUCAAUAUAUAAAAAAAAUGGAAGUAGCUCUAAUCAAAUACAAAACCAUCAAAUGAAUCCAAAACCAAUAUUUGUACCAAGGGUAUUAAACCCUGCCGAAAAAAAUUUAAUCUAUAAUAAAAACAUGCAAAAUCAAGCACCGCCACCAACCAGACCAACCAAUCCUAAACCACCAAUCCCUAUGGAGGUGGAUCCUUCAAUACACUCACGAAGAAUAAACUAUAUGAAUCGACCGAACAAUACGCCUAUAGUAAGGCCAUCCAAUUAUUCUUCAAACAUCCCUAGGAAAUCCCAAAAACUAUUUAAUGUCCAAACAGAGGACGAGGAAAUAAAUUUUAUGACAGACGCCUGUCUACCCUACCCUAUUUAGAACUAACUUUAAAGAACGGGGAUAUCGCGAAGUUCCUUGUAGAUACGGGAGCUAAUAAAAACUUUGUUUCCGAAAAACUUUCAAAAAAUUCAAUGAAACUUGAGUGUCCUUUUAAGGUUCACUCAGCCACAGGUCAAGUAAAUAUAACCCAUAAACUACGUGGACCAUUUUUUAAAAGUAUAGGUAUUACAAGUAAUUUUGAUUUCUUUACAUUACCCAAUUUAAAAUCCUUUGAUGGCAUCAUUGGCGAUGAUACCCUCAAAGAAUUGGGAGCAAUCAUAAAUAGGAAAAAUGACACAAUAACCCUCAAGGAUGUGGUACUGCCACUAAAACAAAAUAUCUCUAAACAAAUAAAUAAUAUUCAAGAAAACCCUAUGAACAUGAAGUUAAGGAAAUGAUAAAUACAUAUUCGGAACUUUUCGGACCAGUCUCCGACAGUGGGACAAUCGACACAACUGUAUUAGCAGAAAUUACAACAACAAGUGAAGAACCGAUAUAUACAAAAUCAUAUCCUUACCCAACCAACCUACGGGGCGAAGUAGAAAAACAAAUAAAAGAACUUCUUAACAAUGGUGUAAUAAGGCCUUCAAAGAGUCCAUAUAACUCCCCAUUGUGGAUUGUUCCAAAAAAACCAGGUCCAUCAGGAGAAAAAAAGUAUAGAGUAGUUGUUGAUUUUAAACGACUAAAUGCAAUAACUAUACCUGAUUCCUAUCCAAUACCUGAUAUAAACAACACGCUCGCUAGCUUAGGCGAAUGUAAGUAUUUUACUACACUCGACCUUACAUCCGGAUUCCACCAAAUCAGGAUGAAGGAAAAGGACAUAGAAAAGACAGCUUUUUCUACAGCCAAUGGUAAAUAUGAAUUUACUAGGUUGCCAUUCGGUCUUAAAAAUGCCCCUUCCAUUUUUCAGAGAAUGAUAAAUGAUGUUCUCAAAACACUUAUAGGAAAAGCCUGCUACGUUUAUAUCGAUGACAUUAUAAUAAUGGGAAAAACUAAAGAGGAACACUUACGAAAUAUUGAAGAGGUGUUCAUGCUUUUGCACAAAUCAAAUUUAAAAGUCAAUCUGGAAAAAUCCAAAUUUUUUAGAACAGAAGUAAAUUUUCUAGGUCAUAUCGUUACCGGCGAAGGUAUUUUGCCAGAUCCUGACAAAAUAUCCGCUAUUAAAAAAAUUCCCGCACCUGCUAACCUUAAGGAAUUAAAAGGUUUCCUGGGUUUAGCAUCGUAUUAUAGGAGAUUUAUAAAAGAUUUUGCAAAAAUUGUUAAGCCACUUACCAAUUUAACUAGAGGUGAAAAUGCUCAAAUAAAAGCAAGUCAAUCCAAACGGAUACAAAUUUCACUAACAGAGGAAGGCUUGAAAUCAUUUAAUGACAUAAAAUAUUUGCUUACAUCUUCUGAAAUUCUGGUAUUCCCAGACUUCAACAAACCCUUUAUUCUAACGACAGAUGCUUCCAAUACUGCAAUCGGAGCAGUCCUUUCACAAGGGAUAAUCGGUCAAGACAGACCCAUAACUUACAUCUCCAGAUCACUCAAUAAAACCGAAGAGAAUUACUCGACAAUAGAGAAAGAAAUGCUCGCCAUAGUAUGGUCCCUCGACAAAUUAAGGACUUACCUGUAUGGAGCUAAAGAAAUAAAAAUUCUUACUGAUCACCAGCCACUGACGUUUGCAUUAAGCAACAGUAAUAACAAUGCCAAGUUAAAAAGGUGGAAAGCAAGGAUAGAAGAAUAUAAUUAUAAACUAAUUUAUAAACCAGGAAAAACCAACGUAGUCGCCGAUGCAUUAUCACGGCUGCCAAUAGAAGUUAAUACGCUAACAUCCACAGAUGAAAAUUCACAACAUAGCGCAGAAGAGGAUAGCUCAAAGCUCAUUCCUCACUGUGAAGCUCCAAUUAACGUAUUUAAAAAUCAAGUUAUAUUUACAGAAGGAAAGGAGGAAAUUACACACGAAGAACCUCAUCCAAGCUUCCACAGACACCUUAUUAAAUGUGAAGUUUACAAUAAAGAAAACCUAAGUAAAAUCUUGAAAAGUGUUCUAAACCCAAACAUAAUCAAUGGAAUUAAAAUCCAAGAGAAAUACAUUUCAUUACUUCAACAAAUAUAUCAAGAAAAUUUCUCACAAUUUCGUAUCAGGAUAACACAGAAAGUAGUUACCGAUAUCGCAGACGAAGAUGUCAAAUUUAAAAUAAUAGAACAAGAACACAAAAGAGCCCAUCGCAAUGGUAAAGAAAAUAAAGACCAUAUAUUGGAAAAAUACUAUUUUCCACAAAUGACUAAACUUAUUAAAAAAUAUACUAAAUCAUGUGAAAUUUGCGGAUGUAAUAAGUACGACCGGCAUCCACAAAAACCCAAGUUACAGGCAACACCCAUACCUUCGUAUCCAACAGAAAUUCUGCAUAUCGACAUUAUAGAAAUGUCCGGCGAAAAAUAUAUCUCCUGCGUUGACAAAUUCACUAAAUUUGUAAAAUUUUUUAGGAUAAAAAAUAAAUCAGUACUACAUAUCAGGGAUAAAUUGAUAAAGCUUCUACACUAUUUCACUGUACCAAAGACUUUGGUCAUGGACAAUGAAGGCAGCUUUAUAAGCCCAAUAACUCUGAACUAUUUAGAAGGGUUAGGAAUUGAAAUCUAUUUAGCACCACCUCAGAAAAGCGAAGUCAAUGGUGCGAUAGAACGUGUGCAUUCCACUAUUAUUGAAAUAAUCAGAUGUCUCCAAGUGGAAUAUCCUGAUUACUCUUUUAAAGAAAUUGUCAACAUUGCCGUUGACAGAUAUAAUAACACGAUACAUUCAGUUACGAAAAGGAAACCAGCUGAUAUUUUCUUUGGAAGAACACAGAGAAUCAACUACCAAGGUUUAACAAACUUUAAGGAAAUAGUUAAUUCUGACCUUCGAAAUGAAAUAGCCAGAAACCAAAAAAAUACACUAAAUUAUCACAACAAAAAUAGGUCAAAAAUAAGGAAUUACGAACCUGGUGAUACUAUAUUUAAAAAGAACAAACAAAUUAAAGGGAAAACGAAACCCAUUUUUAAAAAAGAAACUGUCGCUAAAGACAAUACCGUCACAAUAACUACUAACAGUCUUCGACUAAUACUACGCGUGAACAGACGUCAUCGGUGAAAAAUUCGCUUGCUCAAUCGUUUCUCACGUUCUUGCUUAACUAAAUUUUCGCUCGCUAUAAGUGUGCUAUUAUCAAAUAAACAAAAACAGAAAUAUUAAAAAAAUCAUGGCCCCGGGGCCGCCCGACCGAAGAGAAAACAUGUUUUCUCUGUUAAGUGAAAGCCCAAAAAACAAGAAAAAAAGACAUUAUCAAAAAACUCCCAUUGAAUUCCCAGAUCUUCCUAUCGUGCAAACACAAAACCCAAAAUACAUAACACUUGCCGCCAAAAAUACAGUAAAACCCAUAACAGAGUACUCAUGCUUUGUCGUCCAUAGAGCAAUUCAACUCAUUAGUAAGGAAAUAAUCUCCAUGGCUACACUACGCGAUGGAAGUCUCCUCAUGCUUGUCAAAAGCAAAGAGGUGGCUGAUAAAUUCUUGAAAACCAAACAGUUACCUGGAAUCUGCGAUAUCACGUGUAAACUACAUGAAUCCCUAAAUAACAUCAAAGGCACAGUUUACGCGCCUUUCCUCAAUAACAUACCAGAGGAAGAGAUUGUCAGUGAACUUAAAGCACAACACGUUACCUCAGUUUACAAAUUCAACAGAAUCAUAGAUGGUACACCAAAACCCACCGGUGUUGUUCUAAUAACAUUUGACCUAUACACACUCCCCAGCAAACUUUCUAUUUCUUGGAACACUGUGAAGGUACGAGAAUACAUCCCAAAUCCAAUGCGUUGUAAAAAUUGCCAAUUGUUAGGGCAUACGGUGAAACACUGUAAGAAUCAAACUAUAUGCGUUAAUUGUAAUUUUCCACCUCAUUCUCCAAAUAACUGUUCGCGAUCACAAUGUGCAAACUGUGGGGAGGAACACUCGGCUUCAUCACCCACGUGUAAAAAAUAUCAAGAGCAAAAAG